AUGACCAGUUCCAAUGCGCUGGUGUGGCCGUCGUCAAGCACACCAUUAAAACCUCUGGCCUUAUCCUCCAGCAAUGCUCCCCAAAUCAUGUACGUUAUCAAAGGUAGAGGAGUGUUAGGGAUCGUAAUUCCUGGAUGCCCCGAAACUUUACAGGGCAAUAAGGACCAGGACAGGCACCAGAAGAUUAAUUAUCACGGUAAGGGCGAUAUUGUUGCUGUGCCUGGUGGAUUACCCAUUUGGCUCUUCAACAACGGCAGUGAAGACGUUGUUGCCCUUUCUGUCCUUGGCACAACCAACAGUGCCAACCAGCUUGACAUGACGCCUAGAAGGUUCUAUCUAGCUGGUAACCCAGAAGAUGAGUUCCCACAACAACAUGAAAGCAGAUUUGAGCGUGGCCAGCAACAAUAUUCCCUUCGUCGCCCUCGCCAGCGACAACAGGGCUCUUGCAACAAUCUUUUCUGUGUAAUGGGUGAGAGUUUAAUCUCUGAAGCUUUCGAUAUCGACUCAAGCAUUGCUAGAAAACUUCGUGGAGAGAAUGACAACGGGGGUAACAUUGUGAAAGUGAGAGAUAAACUUAACCUAGUCAAGCCAAUAUCCAAGAGUGAUGGAGAGAGGGAGGAGAAACAAAAGCGAGAAAACCCAAGAGGAGGAGGAGGAAGAGGAGGAUGCUAUGAUGCUGCCAAGCUGGAAAUGAACGGCCACAGCAUAAGCUACGUGACAAGGGGUAGUGCGCGGGUUCAGGUGGUUAAUGAGAAAGGAAGAAGUGUGUUCGACGGCAAUGUAACGAAAGGGCAGGUCCUGGUGGUGCCACAAGACUAUGUAGCAGCUACGUGUGCGAAUAGUGACAGAUUCGAACAUAUAGUCCUCAAUACCAAUGGCAAUGCGAAGAUCAACCCUGUUGUUGGCCGCACUCGUUCAUCCGGGCCAUUCCGAGUGACGUGCUCACCAACGCAUUCGGUCUUCGGGGAAAUGAUGCAAUGA